CGGAAGGAAACGACGCCACCACGAAAAAGGAGCCGGUGGCAGCUGGGUUCCUGCGCAGAUGCUGGGGCUGUAGGCGCCGCGCGGCCGGCUCGUUGCGGCUCGCAGGGAGGACGCCGGCGCUCGCCUUCCCUCCGCUGCCCCCGCCGCUGCCAUGAUUCCGGUAUCGCUGGUGGUGGUGGUGGUGGGCGGCUGGACUGCCGUCUACCUGACCGACUUGGUGUUGAAGUCAUCUGUGUAUUUUAAACAUUCUUAUGAAGACUGGCUGGAAAACAACGGAUUGAGCAUCUCCCCUUUUCACAUAAGAUGGCAGACUGCUGUUUUCAAUCGUGCCUUUUACAGUUGGGGACGGCGGAAAGCAAGGAUGCUUUACCAGUGGUUCAAUUUUGGAAUGGUGUUUGGUGUAAUUGCCAUGUUCAGCUCUUUUUUUCUUCUGGGGAAAACGCUGAUGCAGACUUUAGGCCAAAUGAUGGCUGACUCUCCCUCUUCUUAUUCUUCCUCCUCUUCCUCCUCUUCUUCCUCCUCUUCCUCUUCCUCCUCUUCCUCUUCUUCCUCCUCCUCUUCAUCCUCUUCCUCUUCCUCACUUCACAACGAACAGGUGCUACAAGUUGUGGUUCCUGGCAUAAAUUUACCCGUCAACCAACUGACCUAUUUCUUCGCUGCAGUCCUCAUUAGUGGUGUUGUACAUGAAAUUGGACAUGGGAUAGCAGCUAUUAGGGAACAAGUUCGAUUUAAUGGCUUUGGGAUUUUUCUCUUCAUUAUUUAUCCUGGAGCAUUUGUUGAUCUGUUCACCACUCAUUUGCAACUUAUAUCACCAGUCCAGCAGCUAAGGAUAUUUUGUGCAGGUAUCUGGCAUAAUUUCGUCCUUGCACUCCUGGGUAUUUUAGCUCUUGUUCUCCUUCCUGUAAUUCUCUUGCCGUUUUACUACACUGGAGUCGGGGUGCUUAUCACUGAAGUUGCUGAGGACUCACCUGCCAUUGGACCCAGAGGCCUUUUUGUGGGAGACCUUGUCACCCAUCUACAGGAUUGUCCUGUUACAAAUGUACAAGAUUGGAAUGAAUGUCUAGAUACCAUCGCCUAUGAGCCCCAGAUUGGUUACUGUAUAAGUGCAUCAACUUUACAGCAGUUAAGCUUCCCAGUUAGAGCGUACAAACGGCUAGACGGUUCGACUGAAUGCUGUAACAAUCACAGCCUUACAGAUGUGUGCUUUUCCUACAGAAAUAAUUUUAAUAAGCGUUUGCAUACAUGUCUACCUGCCCGGAAAGCAGUGGAAGCCACCCAAGUUUGUAGAACCAAUAAAGAUUGUAAAAAAAGCUCAAGUUCAAGUUUCUGUAUAAUACCUUCUUUGGAAACUCAUACUCGCUUAAUAAAAGUGAAACACCCACCUCAAAUCGAUAUGUUGUAUGUAGGACAUCCACUGCACCUUCACUACACAGUGAGCAUCACCAGUUUUAUCCCACGUUUCAACUUUCUAAGCAUAGAUCUGCCUGUGGUUGUGGAGACAUUUGUCAAGUACCUGAUUUCCCUCUCGGGAGCUCUGGCUAUUGUUAAUGCAGUGCCCUGCUUUGCUUUGGAUGGACAAUGGAUUUUAAACUCUUUCCUAGAUGCUACUCUUACCUCAGUGAUUGGAGACAAUGAUGUCAAAGAUCUGAUAGGAUUUUUCAUCUUGCUUGGUGGCAGUAUACUUUUGGCUGCCAAUGUGACCCUGGGACUCUGGAUGGUUACAGCACGGUAAUAUUUGCACUCAUUUGAUAGAAUCUCUGAGUUACAAUAUACAAUAUUGAAAACCUUACUUGGUGUGAAAUAUAAAGUGUUUCCUUAAAAUUACAUUUUAGCCAACAACUUUAAGUUCUUUAUCCAGAGUAUCCAAACUCUGGGAUGGGGGAUAAACAGAAGAAAUGAAAGGCAUAGUCCCUGAUUACAUUCUAGUUUUAAAGACUGAACCUACAACCUUCAGAUGCUUGUGGAACAAUUUCUAAACAAGUGCAAAUUCAUAUUAAACCAUUUUUGUGUGGCUACGUAUCAUGUUGAAAUAAUGUAAAGGAAAACAGAAUUGGGUAGGAUUAAUUGGGAAAAACUUCUUGAAAAAGCAUCAUUAAUCCAGAUUUGAAGGAGACCAGACUUUGGCCAAGUGGAAAGGUGAGCAUUUUCUUGGUCUAUAUCUCUUGUCCCUUGUCUUGUUUGAAAAGUAUUUUUAAAUUAAACUGUGUAUUAUUUUGUACUCUGACAACUGAGGUCUGAUUACAAUUAAAUUAAUAAAAUUCUGUAAAAGAAUCUGCUGACAUGAAAGGGAAAAUCUUUGUCAAAUGACGCCAAAUAAAUGAACAAAGAGGAAGUAGGGUCUAUAAUAGGGUGAGACAUGUUUUGCCCCACAAGAGUUGCCUCUUUGAUAAUAUGUCCCUAUACUCUCAUAAAGCAACACUACCCUUGACAUUCAGAGUGAGCUGCAGAAGUAUCUCCCACCUGCAGUAUGUGAGCUGAGACAGUUAGGGGUGAACCUCAGAACUGAGCCAGGUGGGUCUUGCGGCAGGUCACAAGACAGAUCACAGGACCUUCUGCAGUCCUGGUUACUGUCCUCUACAGGGCUUCAAAGCUUGGAAUCCUUCCGGGGUAGAUAUUUUCUCUUGUGCUGCUGGAGCUAUCUGGGGCCUAGCUCCUAGGUCCCUGUCUUCAAGAACAAUUACCUUAAGCCCUGAACCAUACUCUGUCCUCACCAGUGGCUCCGAUGUUUCUCUGUGUUGGGUAAUUAAAUAUGUAGUCCUUGCUUUCCAUCUUUCCCCUAAGCUACCUCUGUGGGUCCACGAAAGACUUGGUAGUAGAGUGAGUAUGGCUGCAUGUGAGUACAAAUGUGGAUUUGCCAGUGCCCGGGAACUGACUCUUGAGCCCGAAAGAGCCCUGCCUAGUUUGAGAUCUUUUGGACUGGAGAUGCAGCCCUGGAAGAUCUGGAAAGUCAAUAGGCCAGUGUGAAGCUGUUGGUAUUAGAAGUAUAUGAGCAAGCUGUUUCUUUGAUGAAAAAUAUUUGCUUCUCUCGUAUACUCAAGAACAUGAAUAGUCAUGUAUCCAACUUUUUCACUAAUUGAGGUAUUCGUGGGGUUCACCUCUUUCAGAUCACUGAGUUGCUUUUUAGGCACUAAAGCUU